AUGGACAUCAAUCAAACCCAUCUCUGCUGGAACAAUAUUAUCCAUCACCAACCACCACCACCACAAAUUGAUCAAUCCCACCAUCAAACCUCAACAAACUUCCCUCCUUCCUUCCAAUUAGACCAUUUCCCAUCCCCAAACUCUCUCAGCAACCAAACAGAAAAGCAACUCUUUUGUUUGGAAAAUCAAGGGUCGUCUCUGAAGGCAUGCAACGAAGAAGAAGAAGAAGGAGGUGAAGGUGAUGAGGACGAGGAGCAGGAAACGGAAGAAGAGGAGGAGCUGGGGGUCAUGAAGGAGAUGAUGUACAGGAUGGCGGCGAUGCAGCCCGUGGAGAUCGACCCGGCUUCGAUCCGGAGGCCGAGGAGGAGGAACGUUCGGAUCAGCGACGACCCUCAGAGCGUCACUGCCCGACACCGCCGCGAGAGGAUCAGCGAAAAAAUUCGGAUCCUCCAGCGGCUGGUCCCCGGAGGGACCAAACUCGACACGGCUUCCAUGUUAGAGGAAGCCGUGCGGUAUGUCAAGUUCUUGAAGCGUCAGAUACGCCUCCUCCAAACCACGACGACGAAUAAUGAUAGUAUGACAACAAUAUCCGAUCAUCCUCCUCCUUCUCGUAGUAUUACCACUAGACCAACCUGUUCGGUACGGGCGGAUGGUUUGGGAGGGUUUCUUGGGUUUGGGAUUGGUGGUGCCGCAGCUGAUGGUGUCCACGUGGGUGAUGGUGGUGUUGGUGAUAAUCAUGGUUUAGUGUGCUUUGGUGGUCAUGAUGAGGUAAUUAGCGAUCCUUUAAUUGGAAGUUGA